UUGUCUCACAUUGAUUAUGAGCUAGCUGAGUCUAGCUCAUAAUCAAUGCUAGCUCUGAGUCUUUAACAUUAAAUUGUUUAGAAUUUCAUACAUGGCAUUUGAUGAUUUUGUAAAAAGGCAAACCAUUGAAAUAGCGCAUAUACAGUAAUGCAAAUGCUCGUGUUAUGAUUAUAAAGCAGGCUAAUACUUAAUGUAAUUCAUUUUCAUGAUGUAAAGGGUGAGGAAAAGUAAUAUUGACAACUAUUAAGAAAUUUUACAAUUGAAGGCGUAUACUGUAUGGCACAAUAGUGUAACAAACUUGAGCAUUCUUCAUUUUUAAGGUAGCAUAAGAUGUCUGCAGGUGCGUGGAAAAGUGCCAAGAAUAUCAACCGAAAACUGUUUCCACAAUUUGAAAGUUUAAGACAAGGACGCCUGGCAAAAGUUUUCGAUUUAUACAGAGACUACAAACAAGCUUUUGUUGAUAUAUACAAACAUGUGAAAGAAAAGCCAGUCAAAGUUGGACUUCAACUGUCAAUGUUAGGCUUUGCAACUUAUUGCCACUUACACAACCCAGACUUAGAGUCAUACAAAGAACGACUACUUGCGGCAUCAAACGACCACUCUUUAUUGAGCGAUCUAAUACGAAAUAAAAAUUCCAUAUCAAGCCUAAAGACGUUGAUGAAAUACUACUCGGAAGAUCGGUUUAAAAGAGUAAACUUCGGUGUGGCGUCAGUCAUUAUGUUACAACCUCAUUCUCAUUAUUAUGACAGUUAUGAAAAACAUUGCCCUGAUACGCAGGCACGUUGGAUUUAUGUUCAUGACUGGAAGUCGCGUAUUUUGGAUAUAGGUGUUUUAAACAGAUGGCUUUUCUUAGAUAACAUAAUGGUAGACUACGAUGUUAAUCAAGAAGAGUUUGAAUGAUUCAAUUUUUAUUUCAGUCAAAUUUUUAGUUAUUUUAUAUUCACAGUUGAAUUUUGUUUAUCGCAGUAUAUAUUCUUCCAUUAACCUCGCUCUUAAA